UACUUCUUUUCCUUCCUUUUCAAUCAUGUUAAGAGUUUCUGUAGCCAUUCAUCUUUUUAUAUGCAUCCUCCUUCCUACAUUACGAGUUUCGUGCAUCGAUGUUAUCUACCCGAACGAGCAAAAUAACGUUACACAGUCUAUGAUUUCUCAGAUUUGUUCCGAUAUGGAAGAUCGAAAUUCGUGCAUUUCGAACAUACAACAUGAGCUAGGACGAAGUGUCAAUUCAAAUCCAAGCUCUGUCUUGAGUGCUGCGAUUAGAGCGACGCUUAACGAAGCGAGACGAGCCAUAGAGUCCAUAACAAAGUUCAGCACGUUCUCGUUUAGCUAUCGGGAAGAAAUGGCGAUUGAGGACUGCAAGGAGCUUCUCGAUUUCUCUGUUUCCGAGCUCGCUUGGUCGUUAGCCGAGAUGAAAAGGAUUCGUACAGGCAAAAACGAGGCUCCGGAUGAAGGGAAUCUAAAAGCAUGGCUGAGUGCUGCUCUUAGCAACCAAGACACAUGCCUUGAAGGCUUUGAGGGCACAGACAGACAUCUUGUAGGCUUCAUUAGAGGUAGUUUGAAGCAAGUUACGCUUCUCAUUAGCAAUGUCUUGGCAUUGUACACUCAAUUACACAGCUCGCCGUUUCAACCCCCACGGAAUGAAACGAUAGAGAUAACCAAGAGUUCGGAGUUUCCAGAUUGGAUGACGGAUGACGAGCAUGAGCUCGUGAAAUCUCAUCCACGUAGCGCUCAUGUCGAUGCAAUUGUUGCUUUGGAUGGAAGCGGAGAUUUUCGUUCCAUCACUGAGGCGGUAAACGAAGCUCCAAAUUAUAGCAAUAGAAGGUACAUCAUAUAUAUAAAGAAAGGAGUUUACAAAGAAAAUAUCGACAUGAAGCGAAAGAAAACCAACAUAAUGUUUAUCGGAGAUGGUAUCGGAGAAACGGUAGUGACGGGAAGUCGCAAUUUUCUUCAAGGAUGGACUACGUUCAGAACUGCAACAGUUGCGGUUUCCGGGAAGGGAUUCAUAGCAAGAGACAUGACAUUUCGCAACACGGCUGGACCACAAAACCAUCAAGCAGUGGCACUUCGAGUCGACUCUGAUCAAUCAGCCUUCUAUCGGUGCAGCUUCGAAGGCUAUCAAGACACGCUCUACGUCCACUCCCUACGCCAAUUUUACAGGGAAUGUAACAUUUACGGCACGAUAGACUACAUCUUCGGCAACGGAGCAGCAGUAUUCCAAAAAUGUAACAUCUACACUAGAGUUCCGCUCCCGCUUCAAAAGGUCACGAUCACCGCUCAAGGUCGAAAAUCCCCCCACCAGAGUACGGGGUUUUCGAUCCAAGACAGCUUUAUUUACGCAACUCAACCAACGUAUCUUGGAAGACCAUGGAAGCUAUACUCAAGGACAGUCUUCUUGAACACUUACAUGAGUGGCUUGGUACAACCUAGAGGAUGGCUUGAGUGGUAUGGUAAUUUUGCUUUAGGCACAUUGUGGUAUGGAGAGUUCAAAAACUAUGGACCCGGUGCAUCCCUUUCGGGUCGGGUCAAAUGGCCCGGGUACCACAAUAUCCGAGACACCGCUGUAGCUAGGUUCUUCACUCCUAUGCGCUUCAUUAACGGUCGAACAUGGUUACCAAAAACCGGGGUUAAAUUCACAUUGGGAUUGAGUAAUUAAACAUCCAUAUGUUAUAGGCUUAGAAAUUUAAAUCUU